AUGGAAGCCACUCAGAGCCCAGAGGAAUCCGUGAGGAGGGAAAUCAUUGCUUGAUUUUCAGGAGGAAAAAAAAACAAAACACGCAAAAAACAAAAAAGUCAUGCAAAUGUAAUAUUUCAGCGUUUGGAGAUGGGGUGAUAACGCGGCGCUGAUUGAUGUAUUUUCCUUUUCCUCUUCUGAUUUCUCUCAGGGACAGAAGACGAGUGGCGCUGAAGUGGUUCCCCUCCUGGUGUGUGAAUGGGUGGGGGGGUCCUUUGUGGUGAAGAAUCAAGAGUUGAAGUCAACACAGGUGGGUCCUUUUUGUUUUUACGUUUACAGUGGAAAACACAGAGCAGGUGACGGGGAAUAACUUCUUCUUCUUGGUAAAGUUUAAAACUCAGAAAUUGUGGAAUAGAAAAGAGAUUUCACUUGAGGCCGGUUGAGGAGUCUGGGGUACAAACUUUUUCACGUUCAUUUCCACCAAAGCUAGAAAGUUCAUAAUGGUGGAGGACAUCCUAAACUUCGCUUUGGUGCUUCAUUUACUUUUCUUUUUAGGGUUCUUUUCAAAAUAAGAGUGUAUUAAAAGGUUAAAUCAGUCGAUGCUUUGGCAAACAGGAGUAUUUUUCUCAACUCUUGGGAUUUAUGGUGCUCUGGAAAAACCCUCUCAUUACCUUGACUGAAAAAACUAUUUCUGGAAAGAUGUUUUACCACACAGCUUGUUGGUGGAAACAGAUAUCUGCCUCCCCUCACACUACUUUGAUUUAAAGACUACAACUCUGUUUGCUUGGACAUGCUCGGUCCUCCUCUGUGCUCGAGUGUCUUCGGUAAACACUCGAUGGCGGCAGUUGUGUGUGGCCAGCGUCGGCUCACCUCGCACAGCAUGUUGAUUUCAUUAGGAGCUCUUUAGAGGGGGGUUAGCAGUGCUGUGAUGUUGCGCCUGUUCUGCCAAAAGUCAAGUCUAUAUGCAGUUGUUCGAAUGUUUACAGGGAAGGUCUUGGACAGCAGGCCACCGGUUUAUCCUUAUGCAAUAUGUAGCUCAGCGUACGCUCCACCAAAAGAGAGAAUUAUGUCGGGGAAGGGAAUGUAAUUGGUUCGUCCACUGUAUUAUACAAUACAGCUUGAGCUUCAUGGAUUAAGAAUUGGGACAUCCAGCAUACACAUACACUCUGUCACACACAUACACACACACACGCAUACACUGAAUAGAUAAGAGUGGUUAAUCUUGAUUAGAGCAGUGUGAAUGCUGAGAAAUACGGUGCCCUGACAAACAUCUGCCCUCCACACAGCCGAGUGGGAUAAACCAAAGUGAUUAUUGUGGAAAUGUCAGGCGAGGUAGGUAGUAAGAGCAAGUGGAACGAGAAGGAGGGGGAGGUGGAUAUGACACGAACAGAGGCAUGACAUGAGCGCUCCAGUUCAGAGUCAACUCUGCACGUCUCUGGGUGACAGAUUUUUUUUUUUUUUUUUUUUUCUUUUUACUUGAUGUAAGGUUGACUUUGUGAAGGCUGGGUUUGAUGGAGAAGCUGCAGUCAGGAAAUAGCAACGGUCUCAAAUAGGGAAGUGUGAUCCAAGAGUAUUCAAAGCAACUGCAGCCUCAUAAAUUAAAUGUCCUAGAUUCAAACACAUGAUUCAUUAUCUCAGCGUAAAGUUAUUUAGAUUAGUUAACCUUUUUAUUUUCUCAGAUGGCGAAAGAAAACCCGUCAAUCUUAUGGUUUUGGCAAUUUUCUGUGUUGAUAGUCCCAACUAGUAAUAGAUUAGGGUGGUUAAAUACUCUGUUCUGGUCGGUCAAACCCCUAAAAACAAAACUCAGUUCUCAAUAUUAAGAGUGAUACCGGGGACAGCCACCACCAAGGGAGUCUGGCAUAUUCAUAAUUUUCACAAUGUGGCAAAAAAAUUCAAAUAACUUAUAUAUUUUUUAAACUACUUCCUGUUUAUUUGGAGAGCACUGAACUUUAGAUAAGUGGUUGAUAGCUGACCAGUCACCACCAAUGAAAAAAAGACAAGAGAAGGGAAAAUGAACAGAAACUAGCGUUGGGUUUGACCUAUUGAAGAGCUAAGGGAAAGAGACAUCAACCAAAGUGAAGAAAACAGACAUAAAGCAACCAUUUAUAGCAACCUCGAUAUAGACAUUGCUUUUUUCUACAAGAAAGUGUUAAGUGUCAAGUUUAAUGUCAUCUACAUUAGUUAAGCCGGAUAGACGUAAAUGUGAAUGAAAAUAGUAAGUUGAAUGUUAACUGGACCCCAAGCAGACUGGAAAUAAUGCAGCUGCCAUGACAACGCCUCAAGCCCUCAAAUCUAAGGGACUAUUUUUUCAAGCUGCAUGAAUAAAUUAUUCAUAAAUCAAUAAAAUCAUCUUCAAAUCAGUACUUGGUUUCAGCUUAUUUGCAUAUUGAGUCGGUAGCAGGGUUUGACCUCAAUGGGGUUCUAUUUCACACAAACACCUACUCACUUUACAUUGUUUCUUACAUAAGUAACAGAACAGUUUUUCCGGCUGAAAGUCAGUUUAUUUUAGUUUGUAGAGUUGGUUUGACCGCUGCAGUAAGUCAGUAAACUUCUAACCAUUUGAGUUCAACAACAAUUUAAGUAAUGGUAGAUGUUGAAACAGUUAAUCAAUUCUUAACUACCAAGUUUCAUUUCAGUUCGUUAAGGUUUGCCUUAGUGCGAGAUGUAAACCUCAGAGGAGAUCAAACUAAGAGAAACUUGGUAACUACUAAACAAGUGUCAGGCAGUUUUCGGUUGAUUGUCCAAUCAGUUUGUCGAUUGGAGCGGUUUUGGCACCCAGUAAAGUGCCAAUUGGUUAACAUCUGAGGCUCGCCAGGUUGGUCUUUGUUGCUCCAGUCAGAGCUCUAAUGAAUAAUUGCUUUCCUCUGUGAAAUGUGAGGGGUGCAGACAUUCUGUUAACCUCUCUGAAGGGAAAAAAAAUGCUGGAAAAAAAAAAAAUCCCCUUCCUGUCAGUGGUCUCUGUUUCUCUCUGUUCUUGUGAGAUCUGGAACUGAUAAGUGUGAGGCCUCUAGUAACUGAACAGGAAGGAUAGAGGGUCUGGCCUCGGAGUCUCAGAGCCCCUGCGCACAUGUCCACCUCCCCUCCUCUGCACUGGCAAACAAAGAGCUGAGCCUGCCACUUAACUUCAAGUUUCAAAACAUUUAAGCCUAUUAGAAGGAUUAUUAUUGCUUGUUGGAGUGAACUCUGGUUCUGAAGAGAUUUCUGUUGAAUAUAAUAACAGGGAGGCAUUUAGAUUAACUAGACCUUGGCCAAAUUAAUGCUUAGCAGCGGCUUCACACCCGGGCCCAAUCAUAACUCCCUUGUUCCACUGACUGGUGUUGAGUCAAGUGGAAGUACUUUAUUAAACAAGCACAUGGCAGAGCAGUGAGAGUUUAACAUUGAACCAGAACACCCAGAGGUCUGAAUGACAAGCUGUGAGACUGAUAGCGGUGAUUGGGAUGUUGUGGUGUCUACACAUAGAUGUUUCCUAAAGCAGGAAGAAACCACAAACAGAACACAGCUAAAGAUGAACUUUUCACUCUGAAUUGUGACAACGGUCGGUGGACGCGGGUCAGAAAUAUCAGGUUUGUGAAACUGCAGGUGUAAAAGAGCACAGAGUUGAACUAUUUUACUCACACUUAGAGGAGUCUUUUGGUGAGACUGUCAUGGGGACAAAACAAGCGUCUAAAAUGUGGGUAGAAGAACCUGAAUAACUCUUGGGAAGCUAAUAGAAAUAAAUAAACAACCUUUUACAAACAUUAACCAACACAAAGCUCUUUGUAUGUUCAAAACAAACCAAUGUGUAGUUGUUUAAACCAAAAUUUCAUUUCCGACAAGUUCGAAGAUAAGAAAACACUUGCGAAACAGUCAGACGCAACUAAGCAGGGGAUCGCAACUUAGUUAGCCGAGUGUGGCAAAGGUUAGCCGAGCUCACUGAUCCAGUUCGGUGGUUGUAUGCUAGUUUACCUGGACACAGCGUACAAACAAGUUUGAUUACAUGUCUAGAUCGAAAUACCACCACACAGGGCUGUGCUACGAGAUGCCAACUCCCUCCUGUGUCUGUUUACAUCAUGAUAGUAGAGCGACAUGGUAGUAGCUAUUUACUGGUUCUACAUCCUUGACAACUGUUGUGAGGCUGUGCUACAGUUUAGACAAUGUAUGAUGGAUAUUCUUAUAAAAACAACUCACUUUACCAACCACUGAAUCCCACCGAACGUGCACAUCCCUACCCUAACCCUAACCCUACCCGUAUCCACCUAUUUAUUAUUUUAUCACUGGGUUUGUCUCACUCAUGGAAGCUUCAUCUGGUCCCAUCUUGUUCUCACAAUACCUCCCCUUGAAAUAAAACAACUUUGGGAGUCUAUGGGCAUAUCUUUUUCAGCCCUGAGAUGUUCCAGGGUGGUAUUCUUCCCAUGAGAAAGUGCGAGAUAACGUGCCAGCGUGACAGCUGAAUUAUUAGCCCAUUAGUCACCGCAGAGAGAAAGAGGUGGAUGAACAUGGCAUCCAUCAAGAAAGCGCCUAUUUUUUCACAGAUAGCCUUCCCCGAAUGCCGCCCAGAAGUCUUGUAAGUCUCUCCCACUGAUGUAGGAGUCAGAGGACCGGGGUCAGGGAGCAGAGCUGGAGUUUUCCCGGCGCUCCUCUGCUGCUGAUGAUGACCUGCCUGCUUGUCCCGAGGAGCAGAGCAGCACAACACAGAGGCAGGACUCAGUGUACCGGACUAAAAAUAGACGAGGCGUCAACCGCUCUUUGCUGUGGAUGCUCGUGCUUGAUAGUGCACGCUGA